AGAGAGUAUAAAUAUAUAGAGAGAGAGAGUUUUAGAGAGAAAGAGAGGGAGAGAGGGUGGGGGCCCUGGAAACUGAGAAGAGAGUAGGUUGUUGUUAUGGUGAGCAAAAACCUGAAUUGCUUUAUCUGCUGCUUUUGCUUUUUCACUCCCCCACUACCCACCACUACCAUAUCAUAUCUGCAAUUUUCCGGACCACGCGAACCAUAUCUUACAAUCAUACAUGUACAUACAUACAUACAUUGACGAAAUGUUCGUUUUAGAUCUCUCUAUUUGACUCUAUUCCACCUUCUUCACACAAAUCACAUCCCAUCGAUUCAUUUUUCAUUUCUAUGGGGAGUUUUUCAUCCGAAGAAGCCUCCGAUGAGCAGAGUGAGCUCCAUGGAAGCUACAGCUUGAGCGCUGAUGUCAGCGAGUCUGAGAGUUCGAGCAGUUUUUCGUGUCGCCGAUUCGAUGCCGAAGCCCCGUCGAGUUCGAUGGCCUCGUCGCCACUCGCUCGCUGCUCGCUGACCGGGAAUUCCUGCUUUCCGGUGGUUGCCGGCAAAGGUGUGGUGGCUUGGUACCAGAAGCCUGAGAAAGGCGAGGCCGAUUUGUCUGAGUUUGACAUGAUGAAGGAAAGAUUUGCUAAGCUUUUACUUGGGGAAGACAUGUCUGGAGGGGGUAAAGGAGUCUGUACUGCCCUAGCAAUCUCAAAUGCCAUCACAAACCUCUCUGCCACUGUGUUUGGGGAGUUAUGGAGGCUAGAGCCAUUGGCAUCUCAGAAAAAGGCAUUGUGGUGCAGAGAGAUGGAAUGGCUUUUAUGCGUGAGCGAUUCGAUUGUGGAUCUCGUACCUUCGAUACAGCAAUUCCCUGGUGGUGGCGCAUACGAAGUCAUGGUCCCGCGACCUAGGUCUGAUUUGUACAUUAAUCUUCCUGCUCUCAAGAAGCUUGAUGCUAUGUUAAUUGGAAUCCUUGAUGGGUUUCUAGAGACUGAAUUUUGCUAUGUUGACCGCGGCAUAAUUGUUGGUGAUGCAAAUGAUUGUGAUGUGUUUCCAUCUGUUGGGAGGCCUGCGAUUAGGCAGGAAGAGAAGUGGUGGCUUCCCUGCCCGAAAGUUCCUCUCAAGGGGUUGUCGGCGGAUGGAAGGAAGAGGCUGCAGCAGAGCAGGGACUGCACUAACCAGAUAUUGAAAGCAGCACUGGCUAUCAAUAGCGGUGUGCUUGCUGAGAUGGAGAUUCCAAUUGCCUAUUUGGAUACUUUGCCCAAGAGUGGAAAAGAUUGUCUAGGUGAUAUCAUCUAUCGCUUUAUAACUGCUGAGCAGUUUGCACCAGAUUGUCUUCUGGAUUGCCUAGACCUGUCAUCAGAACAUCACACGUUAGAAGUGGCAAACAGGAUUGAGGCAUCUGUACAUGUGUGGAAGCAGAAAGGCCAGAGGAAACAUUCAAAGUACCUGAAAGCUAAGCGUUCAUCAUGGGGAGGCAAGGCCAAGGGGCUUGCUGCUGAUGGUGGCAAAAAUCAGUUUCUGGCUGAACGAGCAGAGUCCCUUUUACGUAGCCUAAGAAUCCGUUUCCCUGGCCUUCCACAGACUGCUUUGGAUAUGAGCAAAAUUCAAUACAACAAGGAUGUUGGGCAGUCAAUUCUAGAAAGCUACUCGAGAGUUAUGGAGAGCUUGGCCUUCAAUAUAAUGGCAAGGAUUGAUGAUGUUCUUUAUGUAGACGACACCACUAAGCGAUCUGCUGCUGCAGAAUCAAUGUCCUUUUACAGCAGGAGAACAUUGGGGGGUCUUCCCAUCCAAAAACGGAUGUCGCCUAGCCCUUUCUCGAUUCAGCACACCCCUUAUGCCUCACCAUUCGCAACCCCAACAUUUUGUUCUUCCCCUCCCCUAGUUCAAAGCCCAGGUAGGGCACCUCAACCUUCAAAUAAGAGUACUCUGAUUGGGGCACCAUGCCGGAAGAUAGAAAAACCGAUGCCUGCUGACUUGGAGAAAGUGUGGUCAUAUGCUGGGAACCUUAGUUCCAGAAGAGUUUCCGGGGAUGCUCCUGAACGUGAUUGAUUCCUUGAUGCUAUGUAGGCAGUCUGACACCUGGUUAAGGUCACUUACGUUGGUAGAGUUGAAAAAGAUUGAUGGUUUUAAUCUUGUAUAGUUGGCUUAGGUAGAGACAUAACAUCUGGUUUAGAGAGUUCACCAUGGGUUUUUCCUGGUGCUAGAUGGAUUAGGAAUAUAUAUAUUAUUGUUAUUAUAUGGGGAAUUGAUGAUUAUUCCAUUCCUCAGACUGGGUGAAUUUGUAGGUUCCACUAUAAGGAAUUUAUGUUGCUAGUUUUUAGAUGGACAAGAAAUUUCUAGCAUUUUUCAAUAGAAUUUUGACCGACUUGUUUUGUCUUUCAAGA